AUGCAGAUUCAUUGUGCCAUUUAUUGGUACUCUACAAACCCUGCCCUCAAUUCUAGAGGUUUCAAUAGAUUAUUCUGCUUCUUAUUUCGCAGAAGGCAAAACGUUCCUGCUGCAGGCACAUUAAACCUAAGCGGCUUAUCGGGUGGUCAAUGCGUCUCCGUAUUCCGAUCUAAAUACAAAAUUCAUGGUCGUCUCUCACAAAUCGUUAAAACGGAGCAUUCCUACAGCCACGUCAAAUGGGAACAACACAUAAGCUAUCAACCGAUCAAGGCUUCCCAUCACCAGCUACAGAUUCCGCAGAUGCAGAUUCAAAAAAUCAGAUACAGGCUUACAAUUGUCAUGCCUUUCACAUCCGUCUUCUCGCAUAACGCAAAGGGAAAGUCGCACUUACAGUCAUAUCGUAUGCUCAUUCAUAAGCUUCAAAGGUGCGCUUAUCAAUCGAUCAAGGUGUCUUAA